AUGGCCAGUAAAUUGUACCAUGGAUUAACUCCUAAGAAUGUACGAGACCUUGCAUUUCAAUAUGCUUCUGAAAAUAGUAAAAAAAUACCACCAAAAUGGGUUGAACAGGAAACAGCUACUUACGAUUGGUUCUACGGUUUUAUGAAUCGUCACAAAGAGUUGUCAUUGCGUGUACCCGAAGCCACUAGUUUGUCUCGCGCCACAGCUUUUAACAGACACAAUGUUGGAACUUUCUUUGAGAAUUUGAAAAGCUUAUUACAGAGAUUUAAUUUUGGGCCGGACCAAAUCUGGAAUGUAGACGAAAGUGGAAUCACUACAGUUCAUAAGCCAAAAUUGUAG